AUGUGGUACGGAAGUAGAGCGGUUCGUGGACUUGGUGGUAAUAAAGAUGGGAUUUCCCCUGGUACAUUUUUCUUAGUCUUUAUGUCAAUUAGUUCAGUUGGAGAGCAACUGUCUAAUAUUGGUAUUCCACUCAGUGUAUUGGCUACUGGAAGAACUGCGGCUGGAAAGGUAUUUGGAAUAAUAGAAAGAAUCCCAUUGAUAAAUUCAUUCUCGAAAGACGGGGAGUAUAAGAGUAUUGAAGGGGAGGUUCGGCUGAGCGGUGUGACAUUCAAAUACCCGAGCAGACCGGAACAAAAAGUGUUGAAUGAUUUUGAAGCGACAUUUGAGAAAGGAAAAACAACAGCAAUUGUAGGCGCAUCAGGUUGUGGCAAAUCAACAAUUGCUCAACUCAUUGAACGAUUUUACGAUGUCAAUGAAGGCGCUGUUCUUGUUGAUGGCACUGAUGUCAAAAAUAUCAACAUCACGACACUCAGAAAUGCUAUCGGGUUCGUCGGACAGGAACCCGUUCUCUUCGCUGAAUCUAUCUUGGAUAACAUUAGUUACGGAGCUGUCAACCAAAAUGAGGUGACACUGGACCAAAUUAUUGAAGCCUCCAAGAAAGCGAAUGCGGACGAUUUCAUCAAAGUACUUCCAGAUGGGUAUGACACAAAAGUCGGAGACAAAGGCAGCAAACUGUCGGGCGGGCAGAAGCAGCGCAUUGCUAUUGCACGCGCACUCAUCAGAAAUCCAAAGAUAUUGAUACUUGACGAAGCAACAAGUGCACUCGACACCGCAUCAGAAGAAAUAGUCCAAGAUGCACUCGACAAAGCAUCUGUUGGAAGAACUACAAUUGUCAUUGCACACAGACUGUCAACUGUCAGAAACGCAUCAAAAAUCAUCGUCGUGAAAGAUGGGAAGGUCGCAGAACAAGGCACACACGACGAGCUGAUUGCUCUCAACUCACUCUACGCAGCUAUGGUAAAACAACAGCAGAUGGUCUCUUCUUCUGACAAUUCACCGAACAUCACCACAACCAUUUCUCCUUCUGUUUCUUCCCCAUCCCCUUCGAUCCUUCAUGACUCGAAUCUCUCUGAAACUCCAUUGAUAACCACAAGAAAAGAGCCCAGUCAGUUUUCAACUACACUUCGUGUGAUGAUUGGGAAUGCACGCACUGAGUACAUUAGCCAUAUAUUAGGUUUAAUAGGGUCGUUUUUGAUGGGGAUCAUAUGGCCUUUAUAUGCAGUGAUCUCUGUUGAUUAUAUUGUUGUACUUUUAAGUCUGCACCCUGGAGUGGAUUUAACUGAAGAACAAGCGACUCAAAUUCGCAAUAAAAGUUUGAUAAUAGGUGGCAUUGGUGUUGGAGCAUUCAUUACAUUCUUGUUGUAUGUUGGUGUAUUUGAAUAUAGUAGUGCUGGGAUGAUUGGUCGUAUGAGAAACAUGAUGUUCACUUCAUUAAUGAGAAAGGAUGUUUCGUGGUAUGAUGAAAAGAACCACAUGACUGGGAAGUUAACUGCACAACUCCAAUUUGAGCCCCAAGCCCUCUCUGGUAUCUCUGGUGGACGAUUUGGAAAUGUUUUGAUGGUCAUAUCAACUGUUAUUUGUUCAUUAUGUAUUGCUUUUUACUUCUUUUGGAAGUUAGCACUUUGUAUUGUAGUGCUCAUCCCUAUCUUUGGCGUUCUUCUAUUCUUCGAUGGUAAAUUGAAUUCUGCAAAUGCUGUUCCAUUGGUUGAUGCGUUUGAAGAAGCAAAUGGCAUGUUAGUUGAAGCCACAGAAUCAGUUAAAACAGUGCAAAGUCUAAAUGCCGAACACACAUUCAUUUCUAUGUUCACUAAAACAUUACAUGCACCUAAGAAAAUGCUAUUAAAAAACGCGCCAAUAUUAUCUGGAAUUAAUGGAACAGUUAAUUUCUUGAACUUUGGGGUGUGUGCUAUAGGCUGGUAUCUUGCCGCAGUCUUUUUAAAUCAGGACAUGGACAUUAACGUUCCAACAUCAGACUUUUUAAUCACUUUCAAUGAAGCAUUUGGGAAUGUCCAGAAAGCAACGCUCUCAAUAAUUUUCACUGCAAUUACAAUUGGAAUGGUGGGGAUGUACACUCCAGAUAUCAGUAAAGGCGUUCAAGCGGCAAAGAAAAUAUAUAGUAUUAUUGACAAUGUCCCAAUUAUAGAAAAUGAAACAAAAGGGGAGUAUAAGAGUAUUGAAGGGGAGGUGCGGCUGAGCGGUGUGACAUUUAAAUACCCGAGCAGA